AGGGGAUGCGGCUUGGAAGUCCACGUCCUCAUGCCAUGACAUCAACAUGAUGGAUCAGAAGCUCAGACCCAUUGAACAGCAACUCCAGUACCUGCUGAAUAAGGCGGAUGAGUUUCAGGCACAUCUUUUAUACAGACGUGACAAUCUGCAAAAGGAAAACUUUGCUCGUGUGGUGCCUACUUUCCUGCGGACCUGUCAGCCCUACUUCACUUACCUGGAGUCGACCGCUCGCAGCUCCCUGCCCCAGCGCACGCCUCUGCCCGUGUACAUCCGCUCACGAUUGUUAGACUUCUCCCAGCAGCUGUGUGCGAGGCUGGAGCAGCUGGUCUUGACCUACGCCUCCUUUGACUUUCUCUCUCUGGAGGAGGCUGAGCCGGCCAGGUGCUGUGCUUACCAGAAGAGGCUGGUGGGAGGAGCUAUAGGACGGCCUCAUUGUAAUGUCUGGAGUAGAGUAAAUGGA